AUGUCGUUCUGGGACAUUCCAGGCAUCAAGGCCGGCGUGGUCACCGGCGAUGUUGCAUGGGCGCUGCUUCAACAUGCAAAGGAGCACCAGUAUGCCAUCCCCGCCUUCAACUGCACAAGCACUAGCACCAUCAAUUCUGUUCUGGAAGCCGGGGCGAGCCUCAACAGGCCGGUCAUGAUCCAAUUCUCGGAGGGUGGCUCUGCUUUCUUGGCGGGCAAAUCGCUGCCCAACGAGAAGGGCAAGCUGCAGGCGUCCAUUCUUGGUGCUGUUGCUGGCGCACAUUUCGUCCGUGCUGUGGCUCCUGCUUACGGCAUCCCGGUGAUUGUUCAUUCCGACCACUGUGCGAAGAAACUGCUUCCGUGGUUCGAUGGUAUGCUGGAGGCCGACGAGGCCUUCUUCAAGGCUCACGGAGAACCCUUGUUCUCGUCGCACAUGUUGGAUCUUUCUGAGGAGCCUGAUGAAGAGAACAUCGA